UAAAUCGUAUUUGAUGAUUUGAGAAAAAUAAGAGUUAUAUAGCUUUCGAAUUAUAUAAUAUGAAAAUACAUUUAUAAUUUAUAUUUAAUAAUAGAUUUAUUUUUUAUAUUUAAUCUGUGGUAUUCAUGUGUAGUAUGUCAUUUAAUAUUAAUAAAAAAUGUAUUAUCUAUAAAAAAAAAUAUUUUAUUUAUCUACAUUUGAUAAAUGUAGAUUGUUUUUCUAAUUAUUCAAUAGAUGGUACAAUGGUAUAAAUUUCAGACAUUCUAACCUCUAUUAUUAAGUUGACUUAUACUUGCAGAAGUUUUUCUGUGAUAUAAAAAAGUUAUAUAUAUACGUAUACAUAAAUAUUUAAAAUCAUGUUUUUAACCAAUGUUUUAUUAAAAAAAAAUAAAAGCAAAAAAAUUUUAGUAUUAGUAGAAAGUAUAGCAAGUGGGCACAAGCUUAUAAGAAUUCGAGACAGAGUAGCUGACAAAUUGGAAGAAGUAUAUUUUGAUCCUUAUGUUCAAGCUAAAGUACUUUAUCGAGAAAUGAAGAGAAUUAAAAGUUUAUAAAUGUUAAUUUAAUAAAUAAUUUCAUAUAUAUAUAUAUAAAACAACAUAAUUAAUAAUUUAUUUAAUAAAUAUAUAUAAACAAAAUUGUAUAAAUAUUGUAAUAAAAUAAUAUUAAAAUAAAAAAAAUAUAAUUAAUA